AUGGAGCUUCCCACACUCUUAGAUGGCAGUUCUCAAGGUAUAAAUCUGAGAUCCUGGGGAAAGGCCUUAUCUACUAUAUCUCCAAAAGUUCAAGAGCUAGCUGUGCGGCCAAGCGUCCAGGACCUGCUGUGGGUAACUAGACCUCUCCUGCAGAACGGGGAGCCAGAGUCAAUUAGCCAAUUGAUGAGGAUCCUCUCUGAGCUCCUGUGUGGUUACCCAGAGGGGGGCGGCUCCCGAGUGUUUUCCUUUAACUGGUAUGAAGACAACAACUACAAAGCCUUCCUAGGCAUAGAUCCUUCCAGAAAAGAUCCUGUCUAUUCUUAUGAUAAAAGGACAACAUCUUUUUGUAAUUCAUUGAUCCAGAACAUGGAAGCAAACCCUUUAACUAAAAUAGCCUGGAGGGCAGCAAAGCCCUUGCUGAUGGGGAAAAUCCUUUUUACUCCGGAUUCUCCUGCUGUUCAUAAGAUAUUAAAGCAUGUAAGCCUCUUCUCUCUUCAACCCUCAUGCCUCCUUGUCUUGGGUCCCUCAAGAGGAUAGGCUUUUUUCCUUCUGUUUUUCUGUUCUGUUUCUGGUGGGAUGUUUCUUGGCGGGCCGCCUCCAGGACCCCUAGUUGUCCUUGCCACAGUGUACCAGGCUGAGCAUCUCCAUCAGUGACGGGCUCUCCCAGACGGAGCCCUGUGCUUGCUCUCUGAUGGCAGGGCCUGCCAUUCCCCCUGUCAGUGAGGUCAGAUGGCCAUUUGGUCUGCCCUGGCUGCCCGGGCUCAGUGUUGAGAAGGGAAGGGGAGGGACCAGCUCCCUAACAGGGGGAA